CACGUCAUUGAUGUAGUUUCCUGAAUCAAAGUACGUGCAGGAACUUGAAUAAAGUGUGCAGAGACCUGAGAUGUGAAACCAGAAGAGACGACCACCUUCACGAGGAGGAAGAACUGCAGCUCAGAAGAUCAUGAACAAAACCUUUUGUAUUCUUUUCAGCUUUGAUUUCACCGGCAAAUUCCUGCCUCCUGUUUUAAUCUUGGUCUUCAUCGUUGGCCUGGUUGCUAACACAUGGGGGUUGAAGUCUUUGCGGCAGAACUGGAAGAAACUGGGUAGCGUCAACGUGUUUGUUCUCAACCUGGGACUUGCAGAUGUUUUGUAUCUGCUCACGCUGCCGUUUCUGGUGGUUUACUACUUCAAGGGGAAUGUGUGGAUCUUUGGAACUACAUUCUGCAAGAUAACGAGAUUCUGCUUCAACCUGAACCUCUACGGCAGCAUCGGAUUCCUUACCUGCAUCAGCGUGUACAGGUACCUGGCUAUUGUUCACCCGAUGAAAGUGUUGGGAAGAAUCACUGUCACUCAUUCUGUGAACAUCUCAGUCCUCGUGUGGCUGCUGGUGGCUGCCCAGAGUCUUCCAGACGUGUUCUACAUCAAGACGUCUGGAAACCAAACUGAGAAAUGCUACGAAACCACACACGACACAUUUGUGGAGGAUUACCUGAAGUACAGCCUGGGUAGGACCUUGACUGGGUUUUGUAUCCCACUCCUCAUCACGCUGGGCUGCUACGGACAUAUGAUUAUCAUACUUUGCUCAAAAAACAACGUCGACAAGGAUCUGAAGCGAAGGAGCCUGAGGUUGAUGUUUAUUUUGAUCCUUCUCUUCUCUGUGUGCUACAUCCCCUAUCACCUGUUCAAGAACCUAAAUCUCUGGUCAAGAGUUCUGAGCAAACACGGGAACUGUCACAGGUGGUCCAAUGGAGUUUACAUCGGCCAUCAGAUAGGCCGUGGGCUGGUGUGUCUGAACAGCGCCCUCAACCCUCUGGUUUACUUCUACGCACGUAAAGACUCCGGCUCAGUUUUGACAUCUGCUCAUCGAGUCAUCAUGCGCCCGUUCACCACCACGGUUUCUACGGUGUGAAUGAAGAUCAACAAUUGCAUCAUCUGGAGCUGGGUCGGAGGCGGUUGUGACGUGGCGUCAAGGCUGGAAGAGUCGAGAGUUAAAGCAACUUAAAAAUUAGCUUUAGCAGCUGAUGUGCUGGACUGUGACUGAGCUCCAUCACUCCCCAGACCUGACGCUGCGUCAUUUUAUAAAACAGCUGCAAAAAGUCCAUAACCCAGAAAGUAGAAGUUAAAGGUUCUAAAUGUUUUUUUGAGAUUGUUUUGAAAGACACAUCAGUGCACUGAUACAAAGCUCCUCAGAGGGAACUGCAACCUUUUAAUUAAAGGGGCCUGAUCAUGAACUCAAAGUUUAGAGUAAAACGAGAUAAAAGUACAUUUGACUUUUUCUUAAAGUAGAAAAUUGACUCUGAUUCUCCUGAUGUUUCACAACUGGAAACAUCAGGACUGAAGCAGUAAGUUUCAUAUAUUUGGGCCGAUUGAGUUUCAAUAAUUGUAUCGUGUUUUUUUCAACCUAGAAAAACCUAAACUAUGAAUCGAGGACAUUGAUCUCGAUGCUACUUUGGUAAUGAAGAUGUUUUUAAAGACGUAUUAACUUUGCUAUAAGGCGACGACGUCUCAAGUAACAAAUUAAUGAAUUAAAAAUGAGUAUUUGUUAGAUAGAAAUCCUGCAGAAUGACUCCAGCCUCUGUGUUGACAGAUCUUGAUUUCUGACUCGACCAAUCCAACUUUGAACGGGUGUGUCCGUGUACAUGUGUCCUAGUGCGUGUGCGUAUGUGUGUGUGUGUGUGUGUGUGUGUGUGUGUGUGUUUGUGUGUGUGUGUGCGUAUGUGUGUGUGUGCGCUUUCAGAUGAUAUUGCACUUUCUUUAUUUUACUGUUUUGCUGUAAAUAAUUCUGUACUUUGUAAGUAUAGUUAAUAAUGUCAAUAUUUUACAAAGUUCCUACAUUUGUCUUCCUGAUGAUUGUUACUAUUCUAAAUUGAUGUUUUUCAUUUCCUUACUGAAGUCACACAUUAAAGUCUGAAAAGCCUUUUUCCAAA